CAGAGACAAAAACCAAACCCGCGGCGCCUGUCGUCGCUCCUUCGUUCUCGCCGCUGCCGCACUCCCGACGGCCACCUUAACAAGCCUCUGGCGGAGGACCAAAUACUCUCGCGAUCGCCGUAGCGCCACCGCGUCGCCCAAUCCGUUGGGAGCCGUCGCGCGAUGCAGGCGGACGAGCAGGCGGAGGCGCCGCGCCGCGCCAAGGAGGCCGGCAACGACGCCUACCGCAAGUCCUUGCUCGAGGAGGCCGUGGAGCACUACACCCUCGGCGCGCUCCUUGACCCCAGUGACAUCGCCUUCCUCACCAAUCGCGCCGCCGCCUACCUCCGCAUGGGCAAGUACGAGGAGUGCGUGAGGGACUGCGAUGAGGCCGUGAAGCGCGGCAGGGAGCUCAGCUCCGGCAGCGAGCUGAUCGCGAAGGCGCUGUCUCGGAAGGCGUCGGCGCUGCUCGAGCUCGCGUGCUGCGCCGCAGACUACGCACCGGCUAUCGGCGCCCUCAAGCUGUCGCUGGCCGAAAAUUACAGCGAGGAGACGCUCGAGAAGCUCAACGACGCGGAGAGCGUGAGGAAGGAGGUUGAGGAACAGGAGCGAUUGGAUCAGGAGGCCGCCAACCAAUGCCGCGAGGAAGGCAUUUAGCAACAGAGCUCAAUGCCACAUCCAUCUGGGAGCCUUUCCUCAAGGUCUUGAGGAUGCCGAGAAAUGCAUUGAACUAGAUCCAACUUUUCUGAAGGGCUAUGUGCGUAAAGCUAAAGUCCAGUUCCUGAUGGAAAGUUAUGAAAAUGCUUUGGCAACUUACCUAGAGGGUCUGAAGUGUGACCCAAAUAAUAUGGAGGUUCUGGAUGGCUUAAGAAGAUGUGCAGCAUGUGUUAAGAGGUCUAAUGCGGGUGAUGUUGAGAUCGAGGAUUUGAAAUAUGUUGAUAUUGAUGAAUUGAAAUAUUUCUCGGUACAUUUUAUAUGAAGUAGAGCAAGAGAACUACAUGAUGAAGAGCAGGCCGAAUGGCCAUCGAAAGUCAAUCGACCUCUAUCCUGCAUGCCAUGCCAUCAUGAACAAUUGGCUAUUCAGCUUGACUGAAGGUCUCGGGUCUAUAUCUCCUUUGUUUAUCCUGUCCAGUCCUACCAUCCCUAUCCUUUUCUCUUCCAUUAGCUCUGGCAGCUUUCUGCACAAGUGACCUCGGUCUCACCGUCAGUGCAUGAUGCAGGGUGGUGGUCCAAACACUGUACACCAGCAGAGGAGGAGUGGGGUGAUGACUUCUGAGUGUCAAUGCAACACCAAGGACAUUGACGAGUCAUCCGCCGAGAGGCUGUACGACGCAGUGAAGUACACCACGGACAACAUGAUGCUGAUCCAGGUCCCAGUGUUAGGAACAACGAAGGAAUUCUGGUGAUUAUCUGACAAAGCGACUAGGAUCAGCAGAAAACUUGCAUUGAUACUGAGGAGCCACCACUCCGUCGGCAAGUACCUAGCUGCUCCUCUGCAGGUGUCCAACAUCUGGAUUGGGAGCAAUGGGAGUGUCAAGCUAAGGGGGGUCAGUUUCACUGGUCAAGGCUUCAGCACUGAGCGUGUGAGAGAUGACUACAAACGCAUGUCCAGGAUCCUGAUGGCGUUAAUUACUCUCUCGGGUGGGGACAGAAGCAAAUUGCCUCCGGACUACAAAGAGUUCCUCCUGCUCUUGGAAUCGGACACCCUUACAAUGGAAGAUGAAUUCUUGAUUGUAAACAAUGCUGCACUGCUGCCCAUAAAAAACCGCACUGAGGUCUUUCUGAUGCUACACGAUAGAAUUGUCGAUUAUCUUGGGAGUACGGACAAAACGAAGAAGAAGAAAAAGAAGAGGAUACUCUCUAGUCUUCCCUACAAGGAAGACUGGCUAGAUACUGCCAAGGCAAAUACAAAAAUCAACCAGUGGGUUGCCAAUGUUCAGAACGAGUACAGAGCGACUCCACAUGAUCUGCUGCGGCUCAACAGAAAUGUAAGAAGCCACAUGCAUCGCUACAGCGACGGUGACGACAUCGAGGAAGUUCUGUAUUGCGAAUGGCCCGAGCUGCUCAUGGUCAUGCAGAAGAUGUUGCACUUGGAAGGCGAGCUCGAAGGCACUGACAUUCAGAACAAGUUUGGCUAGGCGUCCUACUUAAGCUACUGUUCUUCGAUCGAGUUCAGGGGCCGAAAGUUUAUGCUGGUGGAGUGAUGGUCGAUGUAAGUUUGUCGCUCUCAUCAUGAAGGUAAAGCUGGAUCAGCUUUAUAAAAUGUAUGCUAAAAUGUAAAGUAAACUUUAAACCAUUCUAUCUGAGAAGGUCUUUUCUUAAUACAAUACCGGGAGUAUGUCUCGUCUUGCUUGU